AUGCGCCGGGAGCGCAUCCUGACGUCGACCCACGAAACUGCGUCCUUCUCGCUCCUCCCACCCGAGCUCGCCCUCGCCGUCCUCGCCCACUCGCUCCCCGACGAAGCUUCCCCCCAGUCGGCCCUCGCCCGCUUCGUGCGCGUCAACCGCGCCUGCCACGACCUCGCCACCCCGCUCCUGUACGCCAGCCCCUGCGCCACCUCGCUCGACAGCCUCGAGUCACUCGUCGCCGCCGUCACCGCCCGCGCCCCAGCCGGACAUGCUCACGACGUCAGGGCGCUCCGCGUCGCAGGCCGCGUCUUUGCCAGCAAGGGCUGGGGCGUCCGCGUCGGCAAGGCCCUCAAGGCCUGCGCGGGCGUCGAGCGUCUCGAACUCGUCGGCGUGGACGACUUGCGCGCAAAGCACCUCGUCGGCGAGGGAGCCCUCACGCACCUGAGCCUGCUCAACUCGUCGUUCGCGGCCCACUCGCUUCCCUCGCCGCCGACCCUCGUCCCCUUCCUGUCGUCCCUCACGCACCUCACGCUCGCCAACGUCGGCCUGCCGCACCCGUCGACCCACCUCACCGACAUGCUCUCGAUUUGCGCCCCGCACCUCGAGUUCCUCGCCCUGUCGAGCCUGCGCGACGUCGAGGAGCGCCAGUUCCGCCGCGCCAUGGCCGUCCUCGUGCGCCAAGCAGGACGGCUCAAGAGCGUCAAGCUCGGCUUCCUCCUCGACGAGCAGGUGCGCGCCAUGUGCGCCCCUCUACUCGUCGAGGACGACGCGGCUUCCUUCCCGACCCCGCCACCGAGCCCAACCUCGCCGCCCGCCGCCGCCGCCGACCCCGCCGCCCCGGCGCUCUCCCUCCUCCCCUCGGUCACCCACCUCUCCUUCACCCUCCCACUCCCGACCUCGGCCCUCCUCCUCGCGCUCCCGACCGCGCUCGAGAUCCUCACCGUCCGUCCGCCCUACUCGCGACCCUCGUCGAGCAACCCGACCCCAGGCGGCGCGCGCGGCACGCCCACCAUCUUUGGCACCUCGCGCGAGUCGCUCCUGCGCGUCCUCGACCGGCGCCCGGCCCCUGCCCCUCUGCCGGAUGGGCCGCACGCGGCGGCGCACACGGCGACGCCGACGCCGUUCGCGACGCCCGCGAGGGAGCGCUCGCAGCCCGGCCAGGCGCGCCGCCCGAGCUCUUUCACGCUCGAGCAGCUCGAGGAGGAGGAGCGCGUCGUCGUCGCGCUCGAGGACGCCCUCGAGGUGCGGCCGGGCGAGAACGGCAGGGGGCCCGUGAGCAUGGUCGCGCCGCGGUUGAGGGAGGUGAGGUGGGAGGGCCGGGCGCUCAGGAGCGCGAGGGCGAGGGUCGCAGAGGUGCUCGCGAGGAGGGACAGGGUGCGAGAGCGCGGGGCCGCCGGUGUGUGA